AUGUAAUCAAUUUUUACCUACAUAUGCAAAGGAUGCAAUCUACUUUACAAGCAAAGCACAAGAAUCCCAAUGAUGUUAUCAUGCGGUCAUAUUGUUUGCAAUAGAUGUAUUCAAAAUCAACUCUAAAAUGGCAAGACAUAAUUGACUUGCCAUUUAGGUGAUUCUUGCUAGCAAUAAGAAGGCUUUAAACUGAUUCCAGUUCAAGAAUUGAUUGACAAUCUUGAUAAAAUAGAUCUUGUAAACAUUUAUUGUGACACUCAUCAUGACAGAUUUAUUGAUAAAUAUUGCAAAACAAAAAAUCAAAUGUUCUGUAAUAUUUGCUCAACUGAUUGCUACUAUGUCAAUCAUGAGAAAUUAGAGCAUGAAAAUAUUUUAGGAAAGCAUUUGGAAAAUUAUAUUUAAGAUAAAAUCCCCACUCUUAAAAAUUGA